AUGAAGGCAACUGGUGUUUUUCUGCUCCUCUCCCUGGCACUCUGCUGCUACCAAGGAAACGCUGAGGCGGAUGGAGCUGCUGGCAGAGGGACAGAGGCAGCUUGUGGCAAUUAUGACCUAAGAAAAGGUUGUACAAAGAUCUUUGACCCCGUCUGUGGCACGGACAACGUCCUAUAUGGCAAUGAGUGUCUGCUGUGCUUUCAGAACCUGUGA